GAGGCAGAGAGAGAGUGAGUAAGUCCAAACACAUAGGAGGAAGAGAAGGCUAAGAGAUCGCAGAUUUAGAGGCGAAGAAACAGAAAACAAUAUAAUAAUAUAAAACAGAAGGAAUCGGACCAAAAAAAUCUUCAUGGACCUCGCUGGGCAACCUCCAGACAAACCCUCUCUUCCUGGAACAGUCGACAUUUCUCCAGAGUCUGCUGUGACAUCUACCAAAUCAAAGAAAAACAAGAAGCGUCUUGGGGAUCUAAAGUCCUUCAGUUUGGAGGAACCUCUGCAAGGAGAUGCGGUGGAAAGAUCUGCGACCUUGUUCAGGUCAAAAACAUAUGACCAACCACCAUCCUCGAAAACGACUGAUCAAGAUAUCUCAACAGAACGUCGUCGAUCGAUCACUACCAAUUUACCAAAGCACAAUCUCGCUUUCCACAAGUUGUUUCGGGAUGUAUCGGAGGAUGAGGAACUAAAAGACAGUUUUACCUGUGCCCUUCAGAGGGAAGUCUUAUACCAGGGCCGGCUUUACAUCUCUUCCAACUACUUGGGGUUCUACUGCAGCAUGCUACGCAAAGAGAUCAAGGUCUUGAUACCUGUGAUCUCUGUGAUUCUUGUUAAGAAAGCAAAUACAGCUCUACUAGUGCCCAAUGCCUUGAGUGUGAAAACCACUGAGGGAGACAAGUAUCUCUUUGGGUCGCUACGGAACAGAGAAAUUUGCUACCAGGUAGUGCGCUCCGUGUGCCCCAACCUUAAGGAUGUAAGUGCUCAAAACACGCCACUGUUCUCUACAGAGCCGAGCCCUGAACAAAGCAAAAAGGUCUUGAAUUCCAGCCAUUCUGAUCUGGAGCAGCAACAUCCGGAUUUGGACAGCACAGAAUUCCCUAAUAAUGGCAUUGCGGUCCCUUUCCAGGUACAGAGUCGGAUAAGGACUCCAUCUAGCGAGGUGGAUGGGGUAGCCCUGAAUCACUGGAACGAUGGAGACAUUUGUAAGGAGAAGCCAACUCUAGACUCAUCUAAUCGCAGACGGUGGACGGAACCAGGCACUGUCAACUUUCUGCUUAUUAUUUACAUGCUGCUGGUCGUCGUACUGCUGGUCUCAUCAGGUUAUAUAGGAUUACGGAUUCUGGAGCUGGAAAAUCAGCUGAGCAUCAUGGGAGCCUGGCCAAAAGGACAAGAACAGAGGUCUCAGGACACUUGAAGCAAACGCAGAAACCGUAGCUUGUCACACUUAUAUGGAAAUAAGUAGUGGGGGAAAAAAAUGGUGACUUACCACAUCGAGAGGAGAACUACAGUGGCCCCUUUAGUUCUCCAGUUUACAGGAAUACUCCAUCAGGACAAAAAAAAUGCUUUGCUGAAUUCAAGAGACUCCGAAAAACUUUGCACUUUAUAUUCUAUGGCGCCAAAAUAAUCAGAACGGGGGUUUCUGAAUCGAGGACCAGCUCAUGUGGAGUUAAAAGCGAUGUGAUGCAGAGUACCAAGAGCCAGUUUGCCUCCCGAAGCU